CUGCGAUAUCACUCCCACUCCCACUUCCACCGUCACCAUCCGCCGUCACCGUCACCAUCAUCCCACGAGCUCCUCUGGCCGAGUCACUGUCAGCAUCCCCGAUGCCCUGAUCGGGUCCUCAUAGAGUCAGUCCCGAAUCCUUCGCCAAACGCCCCGCAAUGUCCACCAUAGCCCACUCUCUGCGGGACCACAAGGAGCCCACGCGCCAGCAACUCUUCACACAUUCCUUUUCCCUCCCAGAUGGACAAGUUCCUCUGACAGACAUUCCCGCCGUAGUCUCCCUCUCGAAUCCUCAGAGCGAUCCGGAUGACCCUACAGCUCAAGAGGAUGAGGUAUAUGCGGGGAAGCUGGUGCUGACGGAGAAGUUCUUGUGCUUUGAGAGUCUGGAUCGGAGGAGUUUGAGGGGAAGCUUGCCGCUCUAUACAGUCAGAAGGGUAGAGAGGCUCAAUACAAAGAGAAGUGGAGUGUUUGCACUGGCCGUCGUUGUGUGGCAUGGCAUGAAAAUCAUCCUGCAACUCAAUGCCCUUCGCACACAAUGCGAAACAUUUUGUUCUAUGCUCAGAGAUAGUCUGCGAGCUCAGCUGCCCAGCAUGAAGAAGCUCAAGGGCUUUGUAGGGACAUGCUACUCAGAGUUCGUCCUCAACCCAGAGCUGCUGCCGAAGGCGACCCAACCGGUAGAGGCUGGAGCUGCUGAGGAGACAUCAGCUACUGGCGCAGAGAAUGCGAACGCGGACACCGCCGUGGCUGGGACUGCUGAAGUGGCUUCGCAAGCCGAUGCCUCUGCCGCUACAGCCUCGGCAUCAACGUCCUCCGAUCCUCCCCCUCCCCCACCCUACCAUGCUGGUCUGGGGGCUCGCUUCAAAUAUCCAGGAGAUCCGCGCAAGCUGAGGGAGAAGUCAAAGAUGAAGCUCUGGAGGGACUAUCUCCGCGUGCACGGUCGUUCCCUCACUACUCUACGGUACCCGCAAUUCCUGCGGCUCAUCCAAGUCGGUCUCCCCUCGGCGCUGCGAGGUGAAGUCUGGGAGGUGACAUCGGGCUCCAUCUAUAAUCGCUUCGAGCAUCAGGGAGAGUACGAACGGAUGCUCAACGAGAACAAGGACAGGAAAACGACGGCAACCGAGGAAAUAGAAAAGGACCUGCAUCGCUCCUUGCCAGAAUAUGCUGGCUUUCAGCAACCAGAGGGCAUAGAUAGCCUCCGUCGGGUGUUGUACGCCUUCAGCUUCAAGAACCCAGAGCUGGGGUAUACGCAGGGUCUGAAUAUUCUUGCUGCUGCUUUUCUCAUCUACUGCUCGGAGGAGCAGACCUACUUUCUGCUGGACACUCUGACGGAGCGGCUGCUCCCAGGGUACUACACCCAGUCCAUGGCAGGUACAAUCUUGGACCGGAAGGUGUUUGAGCAUCUAGUGCAGCGGUCCCUGCCGAUGAUCCACGAGCAUCUGAUCAGGACUGAUAUCCAGCUGAGCGUGGCAAGCUUGCCUUGGUUCCUUUCACUAUACAUCAACUCGAUGCCCAUGGUGUUCGCAUUCCGGAUCAUCGAUUGCUUCAUGGCAAUGGGUCCCAAAGUCCUCUUCCAGGUCGCCUUGGCCAUCCUGAAGAUCAAUGGCGAGGAGCUUCUGAGCGUAACGGACGAUGGGGCCUUCAUCAGUGUGCUGAGAAAGUACUUCAGCAGCCUGGGCGAUUCUGCCCAUCCGGAUGCUGCAAACCCCAAACAUCGGAACAUCACCAACUUUCAAGAAUUGCUCGUCGUUGCUUUCAGAGAGUUUGGCGUGGUGACAGACGACACGAUCGCUUCGGAGCGCCGCCGCUUCCGCCAAGAAAUCGUCGAAGAGAUUGAACUCUUCGCCAAGCGUUCUGCCAUCCGUCAGCUCAAGGACCUCCGUCGGUUCAGCAAGGAGCAAGCAGGCCUAGUGUAUGACCACAUGGUGGAAGCCAUUUACCGUGCGCGGCACGAACGUCAGGCCCGAGAAGCGGCUGCGAGUGCGCAGGGCGACCCUGUACAAGCGCAGGCGAUUUUGGACGAGAAGAAGGCGGUGACUCCCACCAGUGAGGACUUCAAGGAGAUGCGUAUCGAGUACGACACCUUCAAGAUCUUCCUAGGAGAGAUGAGUACGUGGGCCAGAGAUGAGUUCACAGUGUCCAAUCUAAAUGGCCUGCACGAGAGGACAGAGAAGAAGGGUGUUGAGCACGCCUUGAUCAAGCGCAUGUUCACCGCAUGGGACACAGAAGGGCGAGGCAGUCUAAGUCUGCAGGAUGUGCUUCGCGGCCUUGACCCGAUCUUGUUUGCCGAUGGGGAUGUGCUUGCCUCGAUUGAUUGGUUCUUCAAGCUGCACUCCCAAGGACGGGACUCGUUGAGCAAGGACGAGGUGCUGAGGUUGAGCGAGUCGCUGCUGUUCAUGUUCCGUAAUGAGCCUGGAGAGGGGUAUUUGGCUGCGGUGAGCCAAUUGAUCAGUCAAGCCUUCAACGUGGGAGGCGAAGUGUCACCUCAUGGAUCUGAAUUGGAGAAGGAGAAGGCUUGAUGGGCAGACUGCGUGACAAGACUGAGCAUGCCAUCGCACAUUGCUACGACGACGCUGCCUACGCUCCAAGCUUGCCUGCUUGCCUGCUUGACGUCCUUCUGUGCUGUGUCAAACUUGUACAUGAAUGCUGUGGCCUCUCAACUCCCUCCUGUGUGCCCUUGUGUGUGUGCGCGUGUGUGUGUGCAGGUACCUCUUGUUCCCGUCUCGCCGCUUGUGGAAAGACAAGGCAGGCAAUAGUUGGCACCGGUGAGCCUCGACAUUCCUCUACGCCCACAAGGCAGGGCGCGGCAAC